AUGCCAGCAAACCAUAAAACGAUUUUGAUUACAACCACUGCAACGAUUGCUGGUUUUGCUCUGGGUCCUGUUGUAAUUGGUGGAGUAGUGGGAGCAUUGGGAUUUGGAGAAGCCGGUAUUGCAGCUGGAUCUAUUGCAGCAUGGCUUAUGUCAUUACAUCAUGGAACUGUAGCUGCUGGUAGUCUUGUGGCGAUUUUACAAUCGAUUGAUGCCGCUGGUUUAGGUGUCGGAGGGUUUAUUGCUGCUGGUUUAGGUGGUAGUAUGUUUUCUAGCGCAAUUGCUAAAGCAUUACUAGUUAUAUUGAAAUCAAAUCCUGAGGGGUUGGCAGAAUUGGAAGAUUAUGUUUCCAUUACUGAUGACUGUAAUGAUGAUACAACUGCUACUGAGAAAUCUAAUGAAAUUUUACCUACGAAAGUGAUUUUUGAAAUGAAGCCCCGGCUUCUUACUAGCGAUGAAAAAUUAAAAUCAUUUUUUAAAGGAUUCGACUUGGCUCAGAAAGUUACAAAGGGCAAAACCAGUGAUGCUACUUACUUGAUUAGACACUUGGUAGAUAUCUAUGAAGAUCGUAAUGUUAGUUUAGGACCAGAAAGUUGUCUUCUGAAAUUGAACGAUUGA